AAUUCAUAUCAUCAAUGUCUCAAAUCUGUAUGAAAUUCUGCAUGUCGCCAAUUGAAAUUUCUUUCCUCGAAUCUAUAAUUUUACUCCGAGCUGACAUUUCUAAACCCAACGUGCCAUCAUAUCUUCAGCUCGGACAGGAAACCAGGGUCGGACCUGAGACAACGAUACUUUCACGAAUUGGAGACAUCAAUCUGGACUCUGAUGCCAACAAAAUGACAAAAUUUGCGUCGUCAUUGACCCACGAAAUGGAACCACUCUAUCAGAAAACGCUGAUUGCCCUGAGUCUUUUCCUCUCUCAGAACUACCCCCUGCAGCCUGUCCGAUUCGGAAAUAUCUUGGCGUUUGUGGAACUACUUCGAUCCGCAGAAACGAAAGGCUUCUUCGAAAGGUUGAUUCCCUUCCCCGUGCUAAAAUUUGUUUUGGAUCGGUGUUAAAUGUAUUGGAACCAGGGUUUCACUGCGGUUUUUAAUAAGUGUACGGCGAAAAUCGGUUUUAACCACUGCCCAAAAUCGGUUUUGGGUCCGGAAUUUUUGACGUCCAAAAUGUCCAAAAGUGUCCAAACUAUUUAGAAAAUGGAGCAAAAUGUUACAAGUUAUUCAUUAUUGAAGCUUUCGAUAAGCAGUUGACGUAUGUAUGUGUAAUCUUCUCUUAAUUCUUAGCAUUUUGGCGUGUAAAAUGUGUAAAUUAUGUACAUAUUAUGUAUGUAUGAAUGCAUGUAGUGCUAAUGUUAAGAUGCGUAUCUCAAUUCAUGCAUUAAAAUAGUUCACUAAUAUACACACAUACGAUACCAGAUGAAGGCAAUCAUAAAAGAGUUCUAAUAAAGUGAAAUAGCCCCAUGCUAAUUUCGUAUUAGUUUGGAUGCAAACAAUCAAGUGGUUAUCACAUAAUCUAUUCUUUCUUAAAGCUACAUACAUGAAAUGAAGCUUAAUUUGAGAUUAUCGAUAACCUUGUUUACUCGAGCAUCAUCAUCUUAAAAGAAUCGACCUUGUCUCUUUUCCUAAUCUGCACCCAAUAACACAUGACACGAUACAGCACGGU